AUGACAGGAGCUGCAUGCCAGCAGCGAGUGCUGGGAGGCGAAACCAAAGGGAAACAGCAGCCAGGACUUGCCAAAGACAACACCACUCCCGCCAGCAGCGUCGGACCCCCAAUUCAUCCAGCACAUCCAGAAGUCGCCAUUACAGAAACCGUGUUAGAGCACCCAGUGCUGGGAGCCCCACUCACCGCUCAGACGCGAUCAGAGGCUGACCCGGACAUCUGCGGAGAAAACCUUCAGAUAAAUGGGCUCUGGGCCCACGAGUUCUGCCGGAGGUGCUUCAUCUGUGGCCAGAGUGGGGCCACCAUCGCCUGCUGUCAAACAGACUGUGACCUGAGCUUCCACCUGCCCUGUGUCACCCAGUUCAUGCCACCGUACAGGGCCUUCUGCCCCGCACACAGCCCACAGCAGGCAGUGGAGGCGACUCCAGGGCCGGGCACCCAAUGCCUCAUCUGCUUGGAGCCUGUGGAGGACAGAAAGACCUUCAACACCCUGGUGUGCCCGGCCUGCAUGACCGCCUGGUUCCACAGGGACUGCAGCCAAGGACAGGCUCUGCGCUCUGGAUUUUUAUCCCUCCAGUGCCCCAUCUGCAGAAACAGGCACACUUUUCUCAGGGAUAUGGUCACCAUGGGGAUCCGAAUCCCCUUCAGGUUGGUGUCCUUCUGCCUGGCUCACAACACAGGGGGUGCAAGUGCUGUGCUGUUCCAGGGCCUGCCCCAGCAGUCCUGGCCCUGCCCUUUUCCGCCACCAUCAUGGGAGGGCAUUAAUGUAUUCACUGAGCUAGGAGAGAGACACAGGCACUGUGAUGCCCGUGAGUGCCUUUUUCCAGGAGGCAGGCAGGAGGCAGAGGAGGAGGGGCCCUGGGAAUUGCUCUGGUGCUCCUCCUGUGCUGCUGAGGGCACCCACAGACCCUGCUCUGGCCUGAGGGACAGCAUAAGCAGCUGGGAAUGGGAUGGCUGUGCUGGUCUGGGCACAGCCCCCAUGGAAGAGCCUGAGCUUGACAGCCCCAGCCUGUCCACACAGUCAGGCUUGGAGCCUUCCCAUGAACCCAAGACCAUCAGCCCCAGCACUGGAGAUGAGCAGCCCCAGCACUGAGAACCAGGUGACAUCAGACUCAUCCCACAGCAGCUCCUCAGAACCUGAGGACAGCACCUGCUCCAGCAGUCCUGGGCCUGACCUGACACAA